UGCCCGUAUACGCUGUUCCGCAGGGUGCGAGAUGCAUCAGAGUACUGUCAGUGGACCUUCGAUAAUCACCUGCUCAUUGAAUAACAAGUUUGUUGUGCAGUUUUUGUGCGAGGGAUUAACAGUAAAGAUUACGGUAGUGAAGAAAAUAAUGGAAGACAAAGGAAGUGCUGGAACCACCGCGGUGGAGAAUGCCGAUAGCAGCCCUGCGAAGAAAAGUACCCCGAAGGGAAAGUCUACAAAGGUCCAACGGACCAAGUCCUCGCAUCCGCCGACUUCCGAAAUGGUGAAUGCUGCCAUUAGGGAACUGAAGGACCGCAAGGGAUCCUCUCUGCAAGCUAUCAAAAAGUACAUGACGUCGACGUACAAGGUUGAUGGCGAGAAGCUGGCACCGUUCAUCAAGAGGUACUUGAAAUCGGCCGUUACAUCUGGUGCUGUUGUACAGACAAAGGGCAAGGGUGCUUCCGGAUCGUUCAAGCUCUCCGUGACGAAAGGAACGGAAUCGAAGACCAAGGUUCAGCGUCCAGUGAAAGCGGCCGAACCCAAGAAAUUGAAAAUAUCCGUUGAGAAGAAAACGACGUCUGUACGUAAACCCGCACCGAAGAAAUCGCCGAGCCCGAUGAAGAAAGCCGCAACCGCGAAGAAAUCUCCAAAGAAAGCUGCCAAGGUAGCUGAGAAGCCGAAACCGACGAACGAAACAAAACCUGUGUCGAGGAGCCGAAAAGCGAAAGCACCAGCCGCUAAGACAAAGGCUCCCAAGCCAAAAAAAGCGCCAGCGAAAUCCGUUAAAACCGCCAAGAAAUAAUUAAGUUACGAUUUAACAAACAAAUGGCCCUUUUCAGGGCCCCAAUUAUCAUUUAACAGGGAACAAUUUUUUUAAUAAUCUAGAACAGUAUUAGUUUAGGAACCACACUGUGAUACGUAAUAUAAGAAAUCCUAACCUAGAUUGUUUUUUACGCGACGUAGAAUAAGGAUCAACACAUUUCCGUAUUAAGAGUUAAAAUUCAAAUAAACAACUUUCAAAUGA